UGCAUGAAGCAGUUCACGUGCUUCCGGUUUAUCGAUUGAACCGGUCAGAACAUGGUAGUUUGGAUCUGAUAACCAGAACAAAGUGAUUUUGAUUUUAAUAUUGUUACCUGAAAAACAUUUAUUAAUAUUUUAUUGUAAAUAUGAAUUCCCUUACAUCUGAAUCCUUAACCGAUAAAGAAAAAAAUGAACUUAUGCAACAAAUUAAACAAGAAGUUGCCGUUGCAAAUGCCCAAGAAAUGCUUUCGAAAAUGACAGAGAAAUGCUUCAAAAAAUGCGUGAUUAAACCUGGAACUUCUUUGGAUAAUACCGAGCAGAAAUGUGUAGCAAUGUGUAUGGAUCGAUAUAUGGAUGCAUUUCAUCUUGUUUCAAAAACGUACAGUACUCGAAUACAGAGAGAGCAUAAUAGAAUGUAACAGUACAAAAUUUUAAUAAAUUGUUUCUGGUUGUA